AUGAAAUUCGCAAAGAGUGUAAUGCUCCUCGGAGCCUUGUCUGCUUCGGCUCGUGCCUUUGUAUCUCCUCUCAAGCCAACGUCUCGCGCAGUUACGUCGACCACCGAUCAUCACAUGAUUGCUUCCAUUUUGGACUUGUUGGGCGGAGGUGAUAUGGAGUUGGUCUCUCCUGAAAAGGCGCUACCUGGUCGUUCUCAGCCAAUCAUUGCCAACUUGGACACACUUCGUCACUGCGUGCUGGGCAACAAAAUUGACGAAGUCCCGGAAGGAUUCGAGUUGGCAGUGUAUGCCAAUGGCUGUUUCUGGGGAUCCGAAAAAGGUGCUUGGCGGUUCCCCUAUGGUAUUCACUCGACUGCAGUUGGCUAUUGCGGAGGUUUCACACCCAACCCAACCUAUGAGGAAGCUUGCUCAGGUCGAACUGGACACACAGAGGGUGUGAGGGUUGUGUAUGACCCCAGUAAAGUCAGCUUUGUGGAUGUCAUGAGAUGGUUUUGGGAGGCCCACGAUCCCGCUUCCGGAAUGGGACAAGGCAAUGACCGGGGAACGCAAUACAGGUCAGGUAUUUACUACUUCAAUGACGAUCAAAAGCAGCUGAUUGAAGCUAGCAAGGUAGCUUAUGAGAAAGCUCUGGAGGAACAAACUGGUCGCGAUCGUAAAAUCACCACAGAGAUUGCGGCUGCAUCUGACUACGACAAGUACGGAGGAGUUUGGUAUUAUGCGGAAGCAUACCACCAGCAAUACCUUGCAAAGCCAGGCGCACGUCCCUACUGCAGUGCCCAGCCUCAAGGAGUUAGCUUGCCAAGUUACGAUGACUGGUGUCCAUUUCCCGAGGGUAGCGAGGAACGGGAAAAGUACCGACCAAAGCUGCCGGAAUCCUUCUGGAAGGAGAAUGCACCUCGUCGUGGAUGUUCGGUUGUGAAUUCGCCCAAUGAACCUGUGGUACUCUAG